UGAGGAGCCAUCUCUCCCCAAUGGGACUAGCCCACCCUUCUCGCGUCAGCAGAAGAGGCCUGCUAUAGAUCCAUCUGGGCAGGUUCAAAGAAAAGAGCCUUUUCCACUGUGGCCCCUCUACCACCGAAGGUUCAUCAAAAUGGAAAAGUGGAGUUUAUUUUACUUACUACUUCUACGCAUAACAAUCAUAUGCUCCCUCGACUCGACUGUAGGAAGUUGUUUCCAAGAGCAGCUGAGACUCCAGGCCCAGUUGAGACUUCUGGAGCACAGUGUGAAGCAACAACAGGCAAGAAUUGUGAACCUCUUAACGGAGAGGGAUAUACAGAACAGAGAUAAAGAAGGUGAAAGCAGUGUCAUCAAUCUGGGAGAAGAAACAAAGUACAAAGAUUGUGCCGAAAUCUAUCGUGCUGGUCAUAUACAAAGUGGAUUUUACAAGAUGAAACCACUAAAGAGCCCCAGUGGAUUCUUUGCCUACUGUGAUAUGGCAGAAGGAGGUGGGUGGACAGUCUUUCAGAGACGGUCAGAUGGGAGUCAAAAUUUUAAUAGAAAUUGGACUGAAUAUGAGCAGGGUUUUGGAGAUUUUACUUCAGCAGAUGGUGAAUACUGGCUUGGGAAUAAAAACCUACAUUAUUUGACUUCUCAGGGGAAUUAUACCUUGAAGAUCGAUUUGUCUGACUUUAUGGAUGAACAGCGCUUUGCACAGUAUGAAAAGUUUCAAGUUGCAGAUGAGCAGAAUUUUUACAAGAUGAAUUGUGGGCAAUACUCUGGAACAGCUGGUGACUCUCUCACUGGGGGGUUUCACCCUGAAGUUAAAUGGUGGGCAAAUCACCAAGGGAUGAAAUUCAGUACCAGAGAUAGAGACAAUGAUAAUUAUGAAAAGAACUGCGCUGAAGAAGAUCAUGCUGGCUGGUGGUUUAACAGAUGUCAUACUGCCAACCUGAAUGGCCUGUACUAUAAUGGACCCUAUUCAGCAAGGACAGAUGAUGGAAUUGUGUGGUACACAUGGCGUGGCUGGUGGUAUUCCUUGAAGUCUGUUGUCAUGAAAAUCAGACCAUCAAACUUCAGUCCCAGUGUAGCUUAGGGUUUGUUUCCAUAUUCAUCUUAAUCAAAUCAGUUAACCAAAUCAGCAUUCACUAGAUAAAGAAUCUAUUGAGUCAGGUUCAGUCAUUAGUGAGUAUAUGGACACUUCAUACACAGUAAAGGUGUUUUUUUGUGUUGGGUUUUUUUUUUUUUUUUUUGGCAGCAAUAGGGAUAUAGUUUGCCACUAUCUUCUUCUCAGAAUCUCUUUUUAACUUCUUGGUCUGAUUUACAGCCCUGGCAUUUCUUUUUUUUUUUUACUUUUUUUUUUAACUGUAUUAUAAAUUUUAUUUAUAAUACAGUUAAAAACAGACAAACAUUGGAUUUAACGUGACA